UCCGUCGCGCUGCUCAAGAUCAUGGUCAGGCUGCUGGAGUCCAGAAUGCUGCUCGCGAUAACGCUGCUGAAGUCCGCCAUGCUGCUGAGGGUUGUGCUGCUGGAGCCCGCGCUGUUGCUCUCGAUGGUGUCCGUCGCGCUGCUCACAAUGGUGCGGCUGGGGUCCGUCAUACUGCUCGCGAUGCUGCCGCUGGAGUCCGUCGCGCUUCUACCGAUGCUGCCGCUGGUGUCUGACAUUCUGCUCGCGGUCGCGCUGCUGGG